AUGUGGUCCAACAACAGUGCUGCUCCUUUCUUGCUGACUGGCUUCCUGGGCUCAGAGGCAAUUCACCACUGGAUCUCCAUCCCUUUUGUUGUCAUUUACUUCUCCAUCCUUUUAGGGAAUGGCACACUUCUCUUCCUCAUUUGGAAUGACCACAGCCUUCACGAGCCCAUGUAUUACUUCCUGGCUGUGCUAGCAGGUACGGACCUUGGGAUGACGCUAACCACCAUGCCGACAGUGCUGAGUGUCCUGGUGCUGGACCACAGGGAGAUUGCACAUGGUGCCUGUUUCACUCAGUCCUACUUCAUCCACUCACUGGCCAUCGUAGAAUCAGGAGUCUUGCUUGCCAUGGCCUAUGACCGUUUCAUUGCCAUCCGCACCCCUUUGAGGUAUAACUCCAUUCUUACUAAUUCUAGAGUGAUGAAGGUAGCGCUGGGCGUAGUGAUGAGGGGCUUUGUGUCCAUUGUGCCCCCGAUCCUGCCUCUCUUUUGGUUCCCAUAUUGCCGUUCCCAUGUUCUUUCCCACGCCUUCUGCCUCCAUCAAGACGUCAUGAAACUUGCCUGUGCUGACAUCACCUUCAACCGCCUGUACCCAGUUGUUCUGGUUGCCUUAACUUUCUUCCUAGAUGCUCUGAUCAUUGUCUUCUCCUAUGUCCUCAUUCUGAAGACAGUUACGGGCAUCGCCUCUGGAGAGGAGCGAGCUAAGGCCCUCAACACGUGUGUCUCCCACAUUAGUUGUGUCCUGGUGUUCUACAUCACUGUGAUCGGUCUGACCUUCAUCCACAGGUUUGGGAAACACGCUCCACAUGUGGUGCAUAUCACCAUGAGCUACAUCUACUUUCUCUUUCCUCCAUUCAUGAACCCCAUCAUUUAUAGCAUCAAGACCAAGCAGAUUCAGAGAAGCAUUGUUCGCCUAUUGUCUGUGCACAGCAGGGCUUGA